AUGGAUCAUGCGAUACAGCAAGCAGAGCUGCUAGGAUGGCUGGCGCACCUGCGCUACAUGAAUUCUCUUUGCAGCGACCCUUUGUUGCAGGGCCUGGUGCUUUCUCGCUUUGGUGGGCAGCUACCAGAACCAGUGAGACUCAAGCAUGUCUUGAAGAGGAUCAGGUUUCAAUGGAUUGACUUUCCACAGGAACCAAAACUUCCAGCCUUGCUGAGUGCUUACGCCACCGCACAGUCCGGGAAGGGAACCUCACUAGAUGCUGCACUUUGCUAUGUGGCCCUGUGCCGAGCAGUCAACAUUCCCGCCCGCCUGGUGCGUGGCUUCGAGCUCGAAGAGCCGAAGAGUGUGCCGAAGCGGAAGCUGAAGCGGAAACGUGGCUAUGCCCUGCUCCGCCAGGAAUUGAUGAAGUCCUUCAGAUUCAUAUUGGUGGAGUGUUUUGAUGCAACCAAUGGCUGGAUUACAGUGGAUCCCUUUGGUCUCGGUGUGACCGCCACGCCCAGCGUGUGGUGGCAAGCGCCGUGCACUUGGAUGUGCACCGCGGAGGAUGGACUAAAAGGAGGAGACUACUGUGAGCUUUCAGAUGCAUCUGGGAGAUAUGGGCGAAACAAGGAGUACCUUGCAAAACGGGCGAAACAGGUGCCCUGGGACCAGCUGGGUGUGUGGUGGGCAUCUUCGCUGAGCAGGUUUUCAGGAGAGAUCCAUCAACUUGCCCCACGAGAACAGCUAAACCUUGGUGACUCCAGCCUCUCCAGCUCGGCCUCUUCCUCUUCAUCUUCCUCUUCAUCUUCCUCUUCAUCUUCCUCUGCCUCUUCGAACCCUCCCAAGCGAAGGAAAGCCAACCAGAACAACAAGGCAUUUCCCGCUCCAAAAGCGAAGGCAAGCCAACCAGAACAACAAGGCCUCCCCCGCUCCAAAGCGAAGGAAAGCCAACCACAACAAUGCCUUCCCCGCUCCAAAGCGAAGGCAAGCCAUCCAGAAUAUGGCGUUCGCCGCUCCAAAGCGAAGGCUCGCCGCUCCAAAGCAAAGGAAAGCCAACCAGAACAGCAAGGCCUUCCCCGCUCCAACGCGGAGGAAAGCCAGCCAGAAGAAGCCCUUCCUCACUCCAAAGCGAAGGAAAGCCAGCCAGAGGAAGCCCUUCCUCGCUCCAAAGCGAAGGAAAGCCAGCCACAGCAGGGCCUUCCCCGCUCCAAAGCGAAUGCAAGACAACCAGAACAACAAGGCCUGCCCCGCUCCAAAGCGAAGAAGGGGCUAACAGAACAACAAGAACUGUCACUGGAACCCUUUGAGGAGAACCUGCAGAACUUGCAGACUUUCCUCAAAAAGCGAGGGGUGUUACCAUGGCAGAGGAGUGAUGAGCAGAGUGAGCGUCAAUUGGGGCAUUUCGUGGAGAAGCUUCGAAAUCUUAAGAAGAAAGGCACUCUUUCAGCUGAACGUCUUCAACAAAUGAACUCGUGCUGUCCUCUGUGGAAGGAGUAUGCAGAAAAAGCUCCACCUGUGGUGGCCAUGGCACCCGACCUCGAGGACGAGUCGAAGGCGCCGGGCCCCGAUGCUGACGGACUGAGCACGUCCCGCUACUCGAACGUCCGGAUGACACUGGAUUUGGCCAAGUGCAAGGGUAGCACCGAGCGGCGGGCCAUGCUGCGGCAGUGGCUGUUGAAGUUUCAUCCGGACAAGAACAGGGAAGAAGGCGCGCGAGCCAUGUUCGACUUUGCCCAGUCGAUGUGGGAGAGAGAGUUUCGACAGACGUGA